AUGACCUCCGCCGACCUCUCCCAGCUGAUUGCCUGCGACCUCGACGAGCCCUGCUUCUCUCCACGAGGCUGCUGCGAAGCUCUCUCGCCCCUCUCGGUCGGUCAGGUUGUCCUCCUGCCACAAUGCGACGCUGUUUGCAGCGACAAUGGGUCGGACCGCGCUCUCUCCCCCGUUCGCGCUCCUCUGGACAAGAUGUGCGACAUUCUCGCGUCGGCUAGCCCCUCUACCGCCCUCGCCCUGCUUGCACUCAACGGCGACGUUCUUGCUGAGCUCGCGUCACAUGUGCGCGGACGCGACGCGCUCAACCUUGCUCUCACCGCCCGCCGGCUUCAUGACUUCGCUGUCCACCGCGUCCCUGCCGUCCUCGUCUGCCGCUCGCGCACUGACCUCGUUCGUCUUCACCAUCACCUGCUGGCAGGUGUGCCGAAGCGCGCUGUAUACCUUCGCAGCUUGACUAUACUCGGUUCCACCUUCAUCGAGCGGCCCUGGCAGGAUGACCCCAACUGGACAUUUCCCAAGAACACGUACGAGUACUCGCUCGCGUCUCUCGUGGGAGACAUCCUGCAGGUCGCGCCCAACCUAUCACACGUUCGCCUUGAGCACACCGCACCGCUCCUCCAGCAUGACCCUCGCAUUGGACUUGCCAUGGCCUCCAUGACCAGGAUAGUCAGACUCGAGCUCUCCGACGUUGACAGCAACAUCUUGCCUGUCUUUGCCAGCAUGCGCAGUCGUCCUCGCGUCCUCCACAUAUCCCCCGUCAGAGCCGAAUCCCCCGCAGAGGCGAACCGCGUCUUCGACGUGAUACGCGAGAUACUCGAGACCUUCUCUUCCGUACAAGAGCUUCACGCUCUCGAUCUGGACCUGAAAGCGGUUCCGGCUUCUCCGGAGCUGAGAAGCAUACACACGCCACUCCCUCAAGUGCGACACCUCUCCGUGCACUGGUGGCACCCGCAGAUCGACGUGGCCAAGACCUUCCCCAACCUAGAGGUCUUCGAGCAGCAUGUCAACAGCGCGCAGUUGAGACGGUCCCCUCAGCAGCCGCUCCGCCGUCUCUCAGUCACCGAACUCCAGACCUUCGAGUGCGCUCGGCAUCCCGUUCACCUGCUCCACCUUCGCCGCUACCCGCGGGAGCUCAGGGCUUUCCGCAGGACGAUAUACGAGACAUCUCCCGUCGGCGUCGCGUUACACUGCUUCAUGGACACUGCGGUGUGGCUCAAGUACUGGCAGCAGAUGCCCCGUGCCGCGCCUCGGCUCAGGUUCAUGGACGUGCAUUGCCAUACGUGGGAACGGCGCCACGAGCCGGGAUGGGUUAGCGAAUUCAUCAAGAGCCUCAGCCGUUACUCGCUCGUCUGCCUCCGCAUCGUGGCCCCGCAGCCCCCGACUGCCGAUUCUUUGGACGCGCCAUGGCACGAGGACGACAUUCAGACUCUCGCCGAGCUCCCAGACCGCAUCAUGCAGGUCAUGCCGAGUCUACGUUACAUCGCGUGGGCGGCGAGGCGCCGCGCUCCUGGUGGGCGUGCGGACGAUUAUACGUGGUACGAGGACGCAUACGACUGCGCGCCGGCGGAUUAUACCUGGUACCGCGUCGCGAACGGUGAGGGGAAGAGCCAGCUCACGCUGCAGCCGAUCUCUGCUAGCCAGGGAGAGCGUGUUCGUCGUUUCUUGCUCGACUCGGAGUUGGACGCGAUCACCAACAUAGAUGCCCACCUCCGUUUCUAAGGUUGUGGUCAUUACGGUGCUAGAGAUGCAACGCACCUUACGUGCGUCGAUACCCAGGAUUUCUUCCCUACUAAUCACACCGUCUUCGAUAUC